CGACCUUACUUGAACAGGAUCUGUUCUAUAGGUUGUACUUCUGUUUCCUUGAGUUCUAAGGAAGACAGGAAUCCAAGUCUGGUUGAUGAGCCAUGACCGUGCGAUCAGAGCGUGAAUAACAGAUUCGCGGUCUUUGGACCGUUCUAUCAGUAGAGGAUCGUUCUCAGCUACUCUUCCGAAUGGCUGCGAUGGUCGCACGGUUGUCUGACAGACUUCCAAAUUUUAUCUUAUUUUGCGCUCUGUUUGAUUUUUCGUUUUAAUAGAACGCGUGCUGCAUGAGUUUUGCAUGUGAGAAGGUCUAUGACCUUGAGAGCAUCGUUUCGGGUGGUUAAUUCCUUAGAACUGCAUCGCAGUUUGGCAUGGAAUUCAGCCAUCAAAUCCCACGUCGACUCGGGUUUUUUUUAUUCGGCUUUUCUGUUGUACAAGGAAAUGAGAGGAUUGGGUGUUGCCCAUGAUAGCUUUACGUUUCCGAUAGUAAACCGAGCUGUUUCAUCGCUCCAGAGAGAUGUCAUUUAUGGAAAGAUGGUGCAUUGUGUUUCGACGAAAAUGGGGUUUGGAUUUGAUGUAUACUUCUCUAAUACGAUGAUCGAGGUCUAUGUGAAAUGCGGGCGUCUAGGUUAUGCUCGUAAAUUGUUUGAUGAGAUGUCUUAUAGAGACUUGGUUUCUUGGACUUCGAUAAUUGCAGGCUAUGCUGGAGAAGGAAACAUUAGUGGUGCUUUUGAUUUGUUUCAGCAACUGAGGGUAGAGCUUGAGCCCAAUUCAGUGACUUUGAUCGUAAUGUUGCAGGCGUGUUGUGCCGGUGAAAGCUUGACCAAAGGGAGGCAACUUCAUGGUUAUGCGAUCAAGGUCGGGUUAGUAAUAGAUGGAUCUGUACAAAAUUCAAUUUUGAGAAUGUAUACCAAGACAGGCAGUGUUGAAGAAGUUGAAAGGUUUUUCAGGGAGGUUGAACAAAGGGAUGAUGUUUCCUGGAAUACUUUGAUAUGCUUUUAUUCCAUGGAAAGAGACUUUGAAAAAUUGGUCAGUACGUUCAGUAAAAUGCAGGGUCUAGCAGCACUCAGCGUUGAGACUUUAACAUUACUAAUUUCAGCAUUUGCGAAGUCUAGAGAUAUUUUUCAAGGUGAGUGGAUGCAUUGUUUAGCUAUAAAAACUGGUUUACUGGAUGAUGUGUUGCUGACUUCUUUAUUGGGUUUUUACGCCAAGUGUGGGAAAAUAGAGACAUCGGCACAGUUGUUCAGAGAAAUUCCUUUUCAAAAUACUGUUACAUGUGGUGCUAUGAUGUCGGGCUUAAUUCAAAAUGGUUAUAUUAAGGAUGCCAUAGAUUUGUUCCGUCAAAUGCAAGCUGCAAAUGUUGAACCUGGGGUAGAAAUUUUGAGAAUCAUUCUUGAUGCAUAUACACAUCUGGGAGCUCUGCAAUUGGGCAAAACAGUUCAUUGUUACUUUAUAAGAAACUUGUUGAACAGUUCCAAGAAAGAAACUACACACCUCGAGACCUCUAUCUUAAACAUGUACAUAAAAUGUGGAAGCAUUUCUUCAGCUAGGGUAUGUUUUGAUGAUAUAUUGGUCAAAGAUCUAGUAACAUGGACCACUAUGAUUGAAGGCUUUGGGACUCAUGGGCAAGGUUUUAAAGCCCUAGAACUUUUUGGUCUGAUGCUGAAAAAAGGAAUAAAACCAAACAGUGUCACCUUCUUGAGCUUAUUGUCUGCUUGUAGUCACUCUGGUCUUAUCAGAGAAGGCUGUGAAGUUUAUUUUUUCAUGAAAUGGAUCCAUGGUAUCGAGCCUGAGUUGGAUCACUACACUUGCAUGGUGGAUCUUUUGGGUCGACACGGAAAUCUUAAAGAGGCCUUAGCCAUUAUAGUGAAACUGGUUAUUUCUCCGGAUAGUCGGAUUUGGGGUGCUCUUCUUGCAGCUUCCAAAAUUCACGGCGACAUAAAACUUGGGGAAUAUACAGCAGAAAGGCUUUUGGAACUGGAACCUGAUAAUGUUGGGUAUCAUACUCUGUUGAGUAAUGUACAAGCCAGUGUGGGACAGUGGGAAGAAGUUGAAGAAGUUAGGAGAGUUGUGAACGAGGAGUAUAUGAAGAAGAAACCAGGGUGGAGUUGUAUCGAGGCAAAAGGGAUUAUUCAUGGAUUUGUAUCCGCUGAUAGAUCACACCAUCAAGUGGAUGAGAUUUAUGAGGUAUUGGGGUGUUUAGGUAGGAUGAUUCAGGAAUUUGGAAAUUAUUCUUUGGUUGAUUUGAUUCCCUGAGGUAUGCUUUGAAAUUUCUGAGGCAUAGACAUAAUCCUAGUCUUGUUUGUGUCUGGAUGGUGAGACUGGAGGGGGCUGAAACGAGAUCAGGCUUAAUGCCGAUGUGCAGUCGUCAGAAAGCAAGGUUGAUGCUAAAAGAAGAUGGACUGAUGUCCAAGUGUUCAUUUAGUGGAUGAAGUAGGGAGUAAGUUGGAUGCUUGAAAAGACAAAAAAUCUCUAGUUUGUGGCAGCCAGAACCUAUUCAAAUUACCUUACGGCCUAGAAGCAAAUGAAGAUCAAUAGACUUACAAAUAGAAUGGUAAUGGUAAGUCUGUCAGACAGCCGUGUGAAAAUCCCAACCAGUUUAUAUUGGCCGGGAAGGAUCCUCCGCUCAUCAAUGGUCCAAGACUCCAAGGUCCGUGGAUUCACCAAACAUAGGAUAGGAAGAUGUUAUGAUAUUGGAGUUUUCUCAUGUGGGUCGACAAUGAUUUAUGGGUGAAGCUCUUUCUGCGUCGGUAUUUCCCAGAAGAAAAAUUAUACUUAACAAAUUGGCGUGGACAACAUAUCCUUCAUUUUGCGGCAUGAUAUGAUUUGAUUUGCUAAAAAAAUUUAAUUUUAUAUUUUUUUAAAUCAAAUUCCACCAUAUCAACAAUAUGGAAAGUGUGUGAUUCACAAUGACUUGCAGGAAAAAUGACGAGAGUAAUAUUGUGAUUAAUAGUUGGCUCGUGAAAUAAAAGGAAAAUGUUAUUGAACACUUUGUGUGAC